AUGAGCGACGCCAACGCUCCGCCAUGGCAUUUGAUCUCGCUCCGGUCCAAGGAUGACGGUGGCCAAGAAGUCAUGAGCCCGACAGGAGCUAGACUCGUGGAAACGACAGCAAGCGGAGUCAUUUAUGAUGGUGACCUCGUCGCCUUCGAUGUAAUUGCCCGAUGCUGUUUCAUUGGCAACGGUGUCGACAAGGCGACGAGCCGAAAGGCCAACAAAGAUGGCCAGAGAGACUGGGAGAGACUGAAGGAAGAGUUGAGAGGCAAGAAGAAUGCCGACGGAAAAACAAUCACGCCUAAAACCCGAAAAGGCGAGACCCGGGAACCGGGAAGAGUCCACGACCAAAUCCCAGAGAAUAAUCUCGGCGGACUGGUAAUUAAAAGCGAGCCGGCAUCUACCAUUACCGGAAGAGCCAUUAUUCCUCACAAUCUCAUGACAGUCAAAGAAAACCUCCUGGCUGCCAAGAGACUCGUUUCUGGCGUCCCCCUUGAAGACGUCUUUAAUACGCCAGAACUACUUGCCCACUAUAAUGGUACAAUCGAGACGCUUAUUCGCAACCUCGAGAAUGGAAAGGCUUUGGAACCUCCAGCUCUUAUCACUCCUCAUGAACCGCAAGGCGUCAGAGCCGGCUUCAGAUUCUGUCUUCCCCCCAUCGAGGCUCUAGAAUUCCCUCCGGAGCUUCUCCGUAUCCUCGAUGAAUUCAUCAAACUAUAUCCCGGCGAUCUUAUUGAUCGACGGGUGGCUCUAAUCGGCUGUUUUAUUUUUCAAGGCAUAAUGGACCACACGGAGAUGCAAAUGGAAAAAUAUUUCCAGAUCAAAAAGGCAGCGAAUGAGCCAUACCAGGCCGUCCCUGAGCAGAGUCUUGCUGCUACAAUCAUCUGCACGCCUCAUGUCUUACGAUAG